AUGGCAGUACUUCGACCUACUUCGACCAUGCUCGAUCACCUAUCCUCACCCUCCUGCUACUCGCUUUCCAAGCAGGGCACCCACGCUGCUGAGGCUGUCGUCGACGAGGCCAAUGUGCGGCCUCGAGGGUUACGCCAGUGCCAUCUGACCCUGGCCCCGAACGAGAACGCCGAUCAAUGCCGAAUGUUAAUCAGUAUUUACUCAGGUUUUUUUGUGCUCAGAACAUAUGCACUCUGGGGCAGCAGUAGGGUCGUGUUGGUAGCCAUGCUGUCCACCCUUUUUGUUCGUGGGGGUCCCGGUUCGGAUGUUCGUCUGGCUGAGGCCGGUGUGACAGAAAUAUUAAUAGUUGCGACGAGCGAGAUUCCUGGCAUCACAGGCUGCUACCGGACCUCGAGCAGUGUCCAAUUGUACUUGCCGUUUAUUCUCUUAUUUGUGUUUCAACUGGAACUGGCGGUCAACCAGGUGCUCUAUUCAUGCCAUCCUGAUAUAUUCUACUAUGCAUGUGGUCUGUUUCUUUCGGCCAUGAAUGUCCUUGUGCCAAUGCUAUUUUCCGACUCCCCAUACCACUCCUUCCUCGAAGAAAACGAUGUCAUUCAUCCAUCGAAAAGUAUCAUCUAUGACUCGGAUGCGGCGGAAGUUGUGGUUUUCUUUAUGUCUCAAGAAGUUGACAUCUAUACCGAUCUGCAAACUGUGGAGUUUGUGCAUGCCUUGACCAUCUAUCACUUACGCAUGGAUGGUUUGAGGUACAGUUUCACAGUGAACACCUUAGUCCUUCAUGGACUCUCAUACAACCUCUCUCGCUCGCUCCACCUCAAGUUCGUAAAUAGACACCAAAUGAGUUUGCUCUUGACAAUACUGAAAGGCGAUGAUCAAGACAACGAGGAGCUGGAUAGCAUGAAAUUCGAAGGUGUGCGUCUGCUUAUGGCGCUUCGUGUUCAUGGAGGACAACAUCUGUUGCGCAAGGAGAAAGCAGCACUACACGUAUAUGAUGCGAUCUUCGAGCGACACUUGGUCAAGUGCCCCGUCAACCAGGGUAUGCAACACCCGGCUUAA